AAAUUUAUUCAAAUCUAGCGGGUUAUGACGUCAUAUUAGGUAUGUUCGGGAAUCCUAUUCGUGGGUAAAGUAUCGUUUAAUGGCUAAUCGGGACAAGAGAAUUUCUUUCUCCCGAUUGGUCAGUUAAGCGUUAUUUUUAUCAUGAGUAGAAUUUUUGAACGCACUCGAUAUUUCGGUUUGAAAUACAAGACUGUAGAUGACGUUGAUGAUGUUAGAAAUUUCAAAACAACAAAAGUCGUGUAGUUUAUCAAUCACGUGUAAAACAGUUCAAAAAAAUCUUGCCCAAAUAACACAUGCUCCAACAAGAAAAUAUAGAGACUGUAUUGUGUUCCUAAAGAGAUAAAUAUCCUAAGAGAUAAAAGAGAAGGUGAAAAAGACAACGAAUUAAUUUCAUAUAUAUAAAAAAAGAAACGGAAAUUCCAAACAAGUAUUUCAAUCUUAUUGAAUUUGGAAUGAAGUUGUGGAUAGGAAUCAAUUUUUAAAAUUUUUAAUUGCUUUAAAUAAAUCCACUGUAAAUAUCUCUUACAUUCCAGCUGCAAUAUAAUUUUCAUUAUCAUUAUUAUAUCCAAUCUCAAGUACUCUGGCGAGAAUUUCAAUACAAUGAAUUUACCACGAGUGUACUUUGACAUAUCUGCAGAUGAUAAGCCAUUGGGACAAAUUAUAAUACAAUUACGUCCUGAUGUUGUACCAAAGACAGCAGAAAAUUUUCGUGCGCUAUGCACAGGAGAAAAAGGCUACAGUUAUAAAGGAAGUUAUUUUCAUCGUGUUAUUCCCAAUUUCAUGUGUCAAGGUGGUGAUUUUACUCAUCACAAUGGUACAGGUGGUAAAUCAAUUUAUGGUGAAAAAUUCGAAGAUGAAAGUUUUGAACUCAAACAUACUGGAGGAGGUAUAUUAUCGAUGGCAAAUUCUGGUCCAAACACAAAUGGCUCACAAUUUUUCAUCACUACUAUAAAAACGCCUUGGCUGGACAAUAAACACGUCGUAUUUGGCAAUGUUAUCGAAGGAAUGGACAUUGUAAAAAAAAUUGAAAGUUAUGGUUCUUCAACUGGUAAAACAUAUCAAAAAAUUAUGAUAGUAGAUUGUGGUCAAUUAUCUUAAACAGUA